AUGAAAAGUUUGAAAGGCAGUUUAAAAUUGCUUAAUUCAAAUAUAAAUAUAGAAGAAAAAAAAAAAAUAUGGUUAAAUAUAAUUAAAGAUGAAAAAGUAAAUUUAAAAGGAAUAAGUAAAAUUUUAAAAAAUGUAGCCUUUUCAUUCUUUAAAGAAAAUUAUUUAUACAAUGAAGAAAAUGUUACUGUUUUUAAUUUAUUCUGUGAAGAAAAAUUAGAUGAUUAUCUUGUAAAUCAUGAAAUUAUAGAUUUUUUACAAAAAAUAUUUUUAUUUUAUGAGUAUUUCAUAAGUGAGCAUAGCAAUAAUAUUAAUAAAAAGCAGUUUAUUGAAAAUGUAUGCAGUUGCUGUAAAAGAAUAUUUUUAAAAAAUAUUAUAAAAUACGAAAAAGAAAUACUAGAUUUUUUAUUAAAAAAUUUAAUCAAUUAUAUUAACAAAUAUUCAUUUAUUUUUAUAUAUCAAUCUUUAUAUAAUAUAUAUCAGUAUCAUAACAAAAGUUAUGGAAAAUUAUAUCAUCAUAAAAAUGAAAAAUUUAAUUUUUUACUAAAUUUAGAAAGUAGAAAAGUGAAUGAUGAAAUUUUAUUGGUUAAUAAUAAUAGAUUUAAUUUUGAUUGUUUUUUUGUGUUAGAUGAAAAUGACGAAAAAAAUAUAAGAGAACGCUUUUCUGAGAAAAAAUGGAAUUAUAAUAAUAUAAAUAAUGUUCAGAAUGGGCAAGAAGAAGAGGAUAAAAAAGAAAAAAAAAAUGAAACUACACUUAAUAAUGGUGAAUAUAAGUCAUCUCCUCUUAGUAAAAGUAUAUUGGUUCAGAUAAAUAAUUUAAAUAAAGAAUUUAUAUGUUUUUAUUUGUUUAUAUAUUUUAAAUCUUGCUUUGAUAAUAUUAAUUUUUAUUUAAUAGAAAAAUUUAUAGAAAAUUAUUAUGUUAAUCAUAAUACUGAAAAUAUUUAUAAAGAAUUACUCUUGUUCUUCUUUUUAAUUUACAAAAAUAAAAUGCAUAACAUUGUAGAUACAAUUUUAAAUGAUACCAUUAAUUAUUUAAAUAAUUGCAAUAAUUUAGAAAUAAAAAAAAAAAAAAAAUUAUUAAGUGAUGAAUCAUUAGAGGGAAAAAAAUUGCAUCUUAGUGAUUGUUUAUUUUAUUUUGAAUUAUUAAUAAAUAUUAUAGUUUACAAAGAAUUUCAGUAUGAAAAUAAUUAUGAAUAUUAUAUUAAUUAUCUUAAAUUGCUUCAUGAAAGUAACAUAUUUCAAGAAUUAUUUAUUGAUUCUUUUUUUUUUGUUUUUAUUAGUAUAGAAGAAGCUGCUAUUAGAAACGUUCUUUUAGUUAAUUUUGUAAAAUAUUUUUCAAAAAAAUCUUUUAUUUUAUCUAAAUUAUUUAUGCAUAUAAAAAAUGUUUUUCAUAUAAUUUAUGAUGUAGAUGAUAAUAAUAUAAUUUACAACAUAAACUUGUUUAGUAACAUAUCAUAUGAAAAUUUUAUACAGCAUGAUAAAAAGAACAAGAAAAUUGAAUUUAAUUAUCUUCCUUAUAUAGCAAAAAAUAUAUAUAUGGAUAAAUAUGUAUGUCUAUUUUUUAAAGAAGCAUAUUAUAUUAUUAGCAAGAAUAAUAUAUAUUUUUUUUGUUUUAUCACUCAAUUAUAUCUCUAUAUUUAUGAUAAUAUUUUUAAUAAAACAAUAAACAUAAUUUAUGAAAAUGAAAUGAAUUUGAAUGAUAAUUCUUUUGAUAUUUGUAAAAAAAUUCUCAAACCUUUUUUAUUUGUAUAUCUUGGAUUAUUUGAUAAUAUUGUUCAAAAAUUAAAAAAAAAAUUAUUUAGCGAAAAAGUGAUGCUUUCUUUUUCAUUUAUAAACAAAUAUCUAUUCAAGAAUAUGUUUGAAAAGACAUUUUUACAAAAAGACUUGUUUUAUGUAAUAUAUCAAAUAUAUUUUCUACUAUAUUCUCUAAAAUACAAUUUUCUUAGCUUUCUAACAAACUUCAUAACAACCAAAAGAAAAAUAAAUGAAUAUCUUUCGUGUUUUCUAAAGCUAAAAGAACAUAAUUGUAAAAAUAAUUUAAAUAAUGAAAUAACGAAUAAAGAAUUGGAAAUUUUAGACAAAAGCUCUGUUGAAAGUAAUGCUCAUGAAAAGAAAGAUAAAAAUGAUAAAUAUUAUGAGCAAUUGGAAGAUUACAAUGAACAAGAGGAAGAUGACGAAGAAAAAGAGAGAAGCGAUAACAAAGCGGAUUGUAUAGGUAAUAAAAAUAAAAGCACAAGAAUAAUAGUAAAAGGAAAAAAAUUAAGAAAAGAAGAAAAUUUAAAAAAUGGAAAUAAUGAAACAAGUGAUGAAAAAAUCAAUAAUCAAGAAAAAAGUAAAGAUAUGAUUACAUAUAAUAAUAAAGAUGAGAAGUAUGUAAAUAAAGAAGGAGAUUAUAAUAACAAUGAUGAAAAAAAUUUAAAAAAAAUAAAAAUAAUGAAUUUUUUUGAAAAAAACUAUUUCGUAUUGAAAUAUUUUGAGUCUAACACAGAAAAUAUAUUGGAAAAAUAUUACAUUGAAAAUUUAAAUGAAGAUUUAGUUGUUAAAGAAAAUACAAAAUUAAAAAAGAUUAAUCACAAUAAAAAUAUAAUAUCUGUAUCAGAUGAAAAAGUUAAGUUUAGGAAAAAAUUAAAUAAUUUUUAUAAUAAUAAAAUAGAAAUUGAUGAAGUAAUCAAUAAUCUAUUUUUAAAUAAUAAAGAUAAUGUUUACAGUAAAAUUUUAAAAAAUAAUUUGUUAAUAAUAAAAGAAUUAAAGAAUAUAAAAAUGGAAAUACUGUAUCCUAUUUUUAAUGCCAGUCUAGUAUUCUUAUUUGACGAUUUCUACUUUUUUAUUAUUCAAAAUAUAAAGUUAGUUAUAGAAGAAAAAGAAAAGAGUUUUUCUGAGCAUAAAAUUUUUUUAAAUAUAUCCCUUAUUUUAUUACAAUGUCUAGCAAAGGAUGUGAAAAUAGAAAAAUAUCUUGUAUCAAUUUUUUACAUUUUAAAAUUAUCUUUUAAUAAAUUAAAAUCGUUGCAAAUUGUAGAUGAAAUAAAAAACAAUGAUGUUAAUGAGAUAUAUAAUAAAAAUACAAAAGGUUUUGAAAAUAUCAUCAAAUAUUAUAAUAUAAAAGAAGAUAAAUAUAUAAAAUUUAAUAUGGACGAAAAAAAUGAGAAUUAUAAAAAUUCUUUAUCAUUAAAUAAUAUAGAAGAAAAAAUUAAAUUACAUCAAAAUGUUUUUUAUAUAUUUUUAAAAUUAUUACAAAAUGUAUCAGAACAACAUAAUUUAUAUUAUAAUUUUAAAUAUAUAAUAUAUGAUAUUUUAUUUUCAGAAUAUUCAAAUAAAAGUAUAAUAUUUUCUUGCUUAAAAUGUAUUUUAGACAAAAGUAAAUUAAAUGAAAUAUAUGAAUACUCUUUAGAAAUCUUAAACGAUAUAAAAAUAGAUAAUAAUAAUCUCAAAAAUCUAAUGGUUAAUGAAAACUGCAAUAGUCUUUGUAUGAAUAAUACAAAUAAUAACAACAUUAAUGAAAAAAAUAAAAAGAAAAAAGAAACAAAAAUAAAAUUUGAAGAAAAAAAAGUAUACAACUUAAAUGAUAAUGAUGGUAAAAUUUAUCAAAAAAGCAAGGAUAUCUCAAAAACAAACUUAAAUAAAUCAUAUUUAGAAAAUAAAAGUUACAUAUCAUUAAUUUUAUCAAAUCGUGAUACCUUAAACAUUAAUUUUUUUGAUUAUAAUAAUAUUAAUAAUAAAAAGGUAUCUUCAUUAUAUAUAAAUAUUAUAAUUUUAUAUUAUAUUAUAAAGAAAAAUGAAAAGAAUUAUAAAAAAAGUGUAUAUGAUAAUUAUAUAAAAUUAAAUUUAGAAAACUGCUAUAACAUCAUAAAUAAAUUGUUAUGUGUUUUAUAUUCUACGAACUUUCUAAAUUCUUAUUAUAAUAAAUAUUUAAAAUAUUUGUGUUUAAAAGUUUUUAAAAGAAUUUAUAAUUAUUUUUUAAUAAAUGAAGCAGAAAUAUAUUUGAAAUAUUUAAAGAAUAAUAGCACAGAAAUUAUUAUUAAUGAAGAUAAAAAAUUAAAUGAUUUGAAAUAUAUAAAAAAUCAAAUAAUAGAUUUCUUUGAAUUUAUAUUAAAUAAAGAAAUUAAAAAUUAUUUCAAAAAAGAAAAUGUUUGCAAAGUUUCUUCAGAUGAAUAUAAAUUUUUCUUUUUAAACAAUUUACAUUGUAAUAGUCUUAUACUAAGGAAUAGCAACUUUAUUUUUAUGAUUAAUUGCUUGUUAUUUAUUUUUAAUAUGAAAUAUGACAAAUAUACUUUUUAUAAAAUAAUAUCAAUUAUUUUAAUAGAAAAAAGCGAAAAUAAAAAUUAUAUAUUAAGUAAAAUUGUGCAUUCUAUAAAGAAUUUUUUUAAAAUAAGUUAUAUAUAUAAUAAUGUAAAGAGAGAAAAUAAAAAAAAUAAAAUUAGACUAAAUAAUGAUUUAACUAGACAUUCUGUUUUAUUAUAUAUUAUUAGAAGUACUAUAAUUCUUUUUUUAUUAAUAGAUUAUAGUCAGGUAAACAAGCAAAAAUUAAUAAAAGAGGAUUAUAUAAAUUACUCAAUGUUUAUUAAUAAGUAUGUAAAAAAAAAGUCACUAGAAUAUUAUUACACCCAAUUAAACUUUUUGCUUUUUCGAAUAUUUUAUGAUGAAAAAAAUUUGCCAUAUUUCUUUAAAAUUUUUUUCAGUACUUUGUAUAUUAUAUCUUUUAAAAAAGAUGACGGAAACAUAAGUUACUUUUUUGAGAAAAUAUUCAAUAUCAAGGAUGAUUACGAAUCGAAUGUAUCAAAAGAUAAAAUAAAUAUUAAUCACUCUACUGAUGAUGAAGAAAGUGACAAAUAUAAAAAAGAAAAAAAAAAGGAAAUAAUCAAUAUCUUCAAAAAAAAUGAAGAAAUAAGUAAUUGUAUGCAAAACAUAAGUGAAAAUGAAAAAAAAGGAAAAAAUGAUAAUGAAAAUUCAGAAAAGGAAACUAGAAAUGCUUGUAAUGAGAAGAAUUAUCAUAAAAUAUUAAGAAGUUAUAAAAAACAGAGAAAUGAAUUGCAUCAAAAUGAUAAAGAUAAUAACCGUUUCAGUAUGAAAAAUAAAAACUAUAUUGAAGUUAGUUCACAUAGUUCUUCCGAUGAUUCAGACGAAUCCUUCAAGAUAUAUAUAAAUACCAAAUGUAAAAAGAAAAACUCAAAUGAUAAAAAAUGUAUUUCAUUGGAUCAUAACAAAACUGCUACUGUACAAAAUGUAACUGAUACAAGUAAAUAUAAUCAAUUAACUGAGAAAAAUGAAAAUAAUAAGAAAAACUCGUUGGAUGAAGAAUUAAGAAUUAGUAAUACAAGCGAAGAAAUAAAGUCUAAUGAAAAUGGCAUAGAUAAUUUAAUAGGAGAAAAUUUUAUUUUUAAUGCUUCUUUAUCAAUAAAAAUCUUAAAUCAUUUUAUAUUUUUAUGUAAAGGAUUUCACGAAGAUUUGGAAUUGAAAAUAUAUAAUGGUAUAGUAGUGAAUUUAAAAGAAAAUGAAAAUGAUAGAGAAAAAUUAAAAAAUCUUUUAAGAGUAUUAUUCAAAGAAGAUGAUAAAGUAUCAAUAAAAUAUAAAAAAAAAUUAGAAUUACUCAAAAUUAUUGAAACUAAAAUAAUUUUUCUUAGUUAUAUAAAAAACAAUUUAGAAAAAAGAAAAUCUCUUAUAUCUAGAAUGAGUGAAUUAAAUUUAAAUAUUUUUAAAAAUAAAUCGAUGUUUAAUAUUGAAAUAGAUUUUAUCUAA